AUGCCUGAAGCUACCAAGAACGACCACCCUCACAAUGAGGAGGAGGAAUUAGACAUUGACUUUUCCGAUUUAGAGGCCAAGUAUGCCACUAAUCCCGAUGAUGGUUUAGAGACCUUUGUUGUUGUUGACGGAGCUCCUAUUGUUCCAGCAGCCAAAGUCGAGGUUUUGACCAAGGUUCUGUUGAAACUGUUCCGUUCUGUCGGAAAUAUCAAGGCUGAAGAUGGUUUCUUCAUGCCCAUGGACGAGGCCACUGGAAAGUCUAAGGGUUACGUGUUUAUUGAGUACGAGACUCCUCAACAGGCUCAAGAAGCUGUUAAAACCUAUCACCAAAAGAAAUUAGAUCAAAGACACACUUUGUUGGUCAACAAGCUGGGAGAUGUCGAGAGAUAUGGAUUUGCCGGCAACGUGGCUUCUGAAUAUGUCGAGCCUACUAUCGAACCUUUCAAGCCUCAAGAGCAUUUGAAGAGCUGGUUGACUGAUUCUCAAGGUAGAGAUCAAAUGGUUCUUCACAGAGGUGAUAAUGUUGGCGUGUUCUAUAACAGAAAGAGUCAAACCCCUGAACAGGUGGUUGACCGUCAACACUGGACUGAAAAGUAUGUUCGUUGGUCGCCCAAGGGUACCUACCUUGUUUCUAUCCAUCGUCAAGGUGUUGCUCUUUGGGGAGGAGACAGUUGGAACCGUUUAGGACGAUUUGCUCAUAAUGACGUUCGUUUGAUUGACUUUUCUCCUAAUGAAAAGUAUCUUAUUUCUCUUUCCAUGGAACCCAUUUCCAUUCCUCCUCCCGAUUCCCCAGCUCGUGCUGCUUGUCCAUUCAAGGAACAAGAUGAAGGUAACCAUGUUGUUGUUUGGGAUGUUAAGACUAUGUUGCCAUUAAGAAGUUUCCCUCUGUUGCCCGGUGAGGGUCCUUCUGCUGCUAGUAAGAACGGCCCCCCUGCUCCUGAAAAGAAGAUUGUUUGGCCCAUGUUCAAAUGGUCUUCUAACAGCAAGUACUUUGCUAGAGUUAUUCCUGAUGAGGCCCUGGCUAUUUACGAGGCUCCUUCUAUGGGUUUGUUGGAUAAGAAGUCGAUCAAGAUUCCAGGAAUUGUCGACUUUGAGUUCGCUCCUGCCCCUGUUAAAUUAGAGGGUCAUAAGGCCACUGCUGCCACUGAAGACGGUGGAGUUGCUGCUGGUGAACAAAUUCUCUGUUACUGGACUCCUGAAAUGAACAACCAGACUGCCCGUGUCAGUAUAAUGGAUGUUGGUACUAGAAAGGUUAUCAGAAGCAGAAACUUGUUCAAUGUCAGCGGAUGUCGUCUGCACUGGCAAGAUCAAGGUAAAUACUUGUGUGUCAAGGUCGACAGACACACCAAGACCAAGAAGUCCACAUUCACCAACUUGGAGUUCUUCAGACUAUGUGACAAGGACAUUCCUGUCGAGGUGCUCGAAUUAAAAGAAACCGUCAUCAACUUCCAAUGGGAACCUAAGAGCGAUAGAUUUGUGCUCAUUUCGUUCCUUGAUCAAGGUCCUCUGGCCACAGCUCCUGUCGCUAACCGUAAUACUGUUGCAUUCUACGCGUUUGAGCGAUCCAAGGGUUCGCAAGGUACCUGGAAGCCUAUUAAGGUGCAAGACAAGAAGGCCACCAACUCGAUUUACUGGUCUCCCAAGGGUAGAUUUGUGAUUGCCGGAACUGUUAGACCUUCUUCUGCCUGUGAGUUUGAAUUCUGGGAUUUCGACCACGAGGGUGAUGUCAAGGCUGCUGGUGCCGAGGACUUGCCUGCUAACCUUGUGAACAUUGGCAGCUGCGAACACUACGGCAUGACCGAUUUGGAAUGGGAUCCUUCUGGACGUUUUGUGGUGACUUCGUCCUCGUUCUGGAGACAUGCCAUUGAGAACGGAUACAAGAUGUGGGAUUUCAGAGGCAGUCUUGUGCGUGAAGAGGCCAUUGAGAAGUUCAAGUCGUUCUUAUGGAGACCGCGACCCGCCUCGAUCCUGCCCAAGGAGAAAAGAAAGCAAGUCAACAAGAACCUCAAGUCAUACAGUAGAAGAUUCGACGAGGAAGACGCCAUGGAGGAGUCUGAAGCCAGCAGGCAGCUCAUCCUCAAGCGUCGUGAAGCCCUUGCCGAAUGGAGAGAAUGGCGUGCCGAGAUGGAAGCCCACCUCCACGAGCUGGGCCUCACUCCCGAAUCCGACCUCAUUGCCGCAGCCGACGGCGACGACGACGAGGUCAUCGAGGAGAUCCGCGAAGAGAUCCUCGAGGAAAAAGAAGAAGAAAUCGAGUAA